AUGAGUAUUAAAAGUUUUAUUAGUUUAAUAGAAUAUUAAGUAUACGCAAGAUGUGAUAUUUUUUAAAAUAAAAUUUUUUAUACAAACAAAAGAAACAUUUUUUGCAAACAAAACUGCCUCAAACUACUUAAACCUCUAAAUGCACAUUAACAUCUUAAUUAUAUAAAACUACUGCUAGUGGUAGCCUAAUAAAGAGAAUUCUUUCAAUAGGCAACUCUAACACAAUUAUCCAAAAAUAAGUCAUUUUUGAAUAUAAAAAUUUAAUAAUCACACACACCUAAAAAUACCUAAAUGCAACACAAUAAUUAUGCAUAAAUCCAAAAAUACUUAUUUUUUGCCAACUCAAAAAAAAAACUAAAAAAACAAAAAAUAAAGGCGAAACUAUUAUCGAACAAACAUUUUAGUAAAUUUUAUUUAUAAUUUAAAUGCUUAUACUUCUCAUAUAUCAACAAGCUUUUAUUGUUCUCUUAAAACAACAAACUAUUUGCUCUCUUGCUCUUAAUAAAUGAAGCAAAGAAAAUUAAUUUCAAAAAUGGCUGCUAUAGAAACAAAAUUGAAAUAAUUUUUUAAAAUUUCCCAGCAGUAUUACAACGAGUUAAAUGUAUCGCUUUUAGACAGACAGUUUUUCUUUGGUAAUUUUUUAGAAUAGAAUAAUAAUGACUCGGGUAACAAUUGUCUCUGUUAAGUGAACUACAGGGUUUAUAUAUGUGUGUAAGCAUGUGUGUGUAUUUAUAUUGCACGUGCAAUAAUAUUUACUUUUACGAAAAUUUUUACUUUAUUUAUUUUUGUAUAAAAUCAACACUCAAACAUGUCAUUCUCAAAUAAUUUCAGACAUUAAAUUUGUAUAUAAAAUUUAUAAAAUAAAAAAUUAUGAUUUGUACACGAUGCAAUUAAUAGAGUUGAGCAACGUAGUAGCAACAACAAUAACAUUGAAUGUUAUAUGUAGACAUAAAAACUAACACAUUUUUUAUAUCAUAGAUUUCUUAUUUUUGUGUUUUUGUGAUAAAUUAAAACUUCUUGCCCAUCUCUGACUUCUAAAGACAACUCACAUGUCUAUCAAGCAACCAACAUCCAUGUGUUACUACUAGCGACCAUACUUUAAUAAGUUACCAAGAUAUUUUUAAACAAAUUGUUAAUUUCUAAGAACUGCUCUUAUUUUGAACACAACUUUUAAGCUCAUUAAAAUAUUUAAAAUAUCAAACAAACAUAUGUGAAUAAAUGUGUGUUAUUUCUAGACAUACAUUCUAAUUUCCAAUAGUCGUGUUAUAUUUGUUUAACAAUAACAACAUUAGCAACACCUAAGCAACCCUUGUCAACAGUCUCUAAUGCAAAUCACAUGUGUAAAGUUAUUGUUGAGUUUUUCUAUUCAAGUUUGUUUGUUACACAUCACUUCAGUUAGUUAGACUUCAGUUCAGAGCUUUUGAAAUAUAUUCAAUUUAUUUAUACGUAGAAUGGUGAGUGAUAUUAAAUAUAAAAUAUAAAUUUCAAAUUGUUUGCAAUAUGUAGGCGUAUGAGUGUUAAUUGAUUUUUUACUUGAAUUGCUUAUUAAGUAUACGCAACAGGUGAUAUUUAAAGAAUGUGAUCUUUUUACAUUUAUUGUAUAAAAUUGAUAUUUUUAAGCCAGUUACAAGCGUUUAAAUCAUUUUCUGGAGACUGCCUUAUAUGAGGUAUAGGGUCAAAUAUAAUUUGAAUUCGUACAAAUUAUUUGGUCUAUUUUAUUGCACCGGUAUUAUUAAAGGACUUUUUUGGACAUUAGUGAUUUUCGAAAGCGAUCCUCGUAUGGGGUAUAAGAUCAAUUAUGGACCUAUAUAAAAACAAACAAAGUAAAAACAAAUUUCCAUCACGAUUUUUGUAAAAUUAACAAAUAAAUGACAUUUUAAAAAGCUUUCCAAUCUCUGACCAUUGCUGUCCCGUUGCGUAAUUUUCGAGAUGCAAGCACAUCACUUCCGUUUACAAUUACGCUCAUGGGAUAGAAAAACCUCUGUUAAUUCGGCAACAGCGCAGUCCAUAUACACCUGAUUCAAUCAUUAGUUUUCUAUUAAACACCAACCUUUCUAUUUAACAUACUUUCUACUUUAGUCCCAUAGCCACUACUCUGCGGGGUAGCUGUUCUUUGAGUAUGUGUUAAAAUCUCAGCUACCACGCCGAAGAGAACUUUUCAAUAACCGACUUAAGAUAAAGUGUAUGUUCUAUUGGUUUCCAUGGUACCAGAUUGUAAUAAUCCCUGAUUCGAUCUAAGGUCAAAUCAUUUCAAGAAAAGACCGAGGAUACCUUUGACACAACAUUUUUAUAGACUAGAAGCAUUGGUUAAGAAACGCAUGAUAGAGACCUAGGUGUAUUUCUUCAGAUUUGAUGUUUAUAUGUACAUCCUACCUUCAAAAUAAAUAACUUAUAGACUAAUAAUAGACCGGAGGUGGUUGGUUUGAUUUCCACCUGAAGUGCUGGUUAAGAACCGCACGAUAGAGGCCUAGAUGUAUUUCUUCAGAUUGGAUGUUUAUAUGUACAUCCUUCCUUCAAAAUAACUAAUUAACCACUAAAUGAGGUAUAACGCAAUCACACCACAAACCCACCCAAAUAUUGUCAACCUUGCGACAUCUGUAACAAAAAUAACAUAACAAGUCCCUACUCAACAUGAAAUCGAACGAACCAGAGGAACAAAUGAACGACUUUAUUUAGUUUGUAUUAAAAUUAGAUAUACAGCCAAUAUCGAGAUACUGCCAAAGAACUCAGAGCUAAUGUAUAUAAAAACGGGAGUGAGACAAAAAUGUUAAUCAGUUCUAAAGAUAGUAAGAUUAAGUGCUUAACAAUAAUAUAAUGAGUGAUGGAAUGCAACACUGCAAAUAAUUUUCGCUUGCAAGAACGUUCAAUUUUGUCGAAUAUAUAUCGAUAUGACAUCUUGACUAGAAAACGGAGCAUUUGUGAAGCACGUGUCAUAGUGAGAUACACAAGAUAGUAAAUUUCGAUUCGUCUCAGAGGAUGCUGAUGAGAAUCUUUUUGAGAGACUCACCAAGUCCAUUAUUAUAUAUAACCCUAACACAGUGGACAAAUUGAGAAAUGCAGCAUUAUUUUCAAUAAUUCUCUGCUAACAUAAAGAAUGUCCUGAAUACAACCCAACAUCUUUUGUUUAAAUAUUCUUCGUCCAAUUUUUAAGUAAGACAAUCAUAGUUUAAAUGCCGAUUCGAUAAAUCAUCCUCUGUGUAUGUUGUUCAAACAUACACUUUAUUGAUUACAAGAUCAAGCCAUUAUUAAUCAUAUUAUUAAGAUGAUCCUCUCCUCCUGCAAAUAAUACUUGCUUGGGUAAGGAUUUGUUAUUCCAAAAUCAUAUUUCUAAAGAAAAUAUUUCUUUCCUUCAAUAAUUCCUCAUCCGUUCGUUGAUUAGGCAAUAAUCGUUUAAAUACCGAUCACCAAUCCUCUCGAAACACUGUGCUAUUGGCAAUUAUUGUUAGCCAAACAUAUACAUAACUCACCUAUUGGUUAUAAGGUUAAAUCACUACGAAGUUAACUUAGAAAUGUUUCACUCUCCAUGACAAUCCUGUCUUCCUGCAAACAAUCGUUGCUUGAGUAAACACACCGUAUAAAGUUACUGUUGACCAUCUCAAAGAAGAUAGAUGUCAGAUCAGUCAAAACCCCAUCCUGACGGAUAUUUCUAUAGAAUACCUUCAAUGAUUCCUCAACCGUUCGUUAAUAAGGCAAUAAUCGUUUUAAUACCGAUCAUCAAUCCUAUUGAAAUUCUGUGCUAUUGGCAAUUAUUGUUGGUCAAACAUAUAUCUCAUCUAUUGGUUACAAGGUUAGACCAUUAUAAAACAUAUAACGAUGUUAACUUAGAAAUAUUUCAUUCUCCAUGACGAUCCUCUCUUCCUGUAAACAAUCCUUCCUUAACUAAAUACUCCGUAUUAAGUUAAUGUUGAUCAUUUUAAAGAAGUCGACCGCCAUUUCAUAAAUCGGAUGUCAGAUUACUUUUACUCACUCAUCAUUCAAUUAAAGUUUUUUAAUUAACCAAAUUGUUAUAGUUAGUAAGUUUGAAAUACUUCUAGGCUUGUUGUGCCCUCCAUAACCAGUGCCUCAGGUAGGAACCGAAUCCACCACCUUCGGUUUACCAGACUGGAAUACUAACCUACCGUAGGCCAGUUUAUUUUCAUUUAUUGUCAAGCAUUCGAAAUGUGAACUCUACCCAAAUCUAUCAGAUUUAUUAAAAGUUCAUAAUCUUUGUCAAAAUUUUAUAACACGUAGCCUCAUGGAUAUUUUUGUAGAAUACAUUUCCAGUAAAUACUCCGUAUUAGUUAAUGUUGAUCAUCUCAAAGAAGUCGACCACCAGUUCUUAGAUCGGAUGUCAGAUUAAAUUUACUCACUCAUCAUUCAAUUAAAGUUUUUCAAUUAACCAAAUUGUUAUAGUUAGCAAGUUUGAAAUACUUCUAUACCUUUAUCGGUUGAGCCCCCCUUUACCAGUGCCUCAGGUAGGAAUCGAACCAACCACCUUCGACCUAUGGACUGGAACCCUAACCUACCGGAGGCCAGGUUAUUUUCAUUUAUUGUCAAGCAUUCGAAAUGUGAACUCAUCCCAAAUCUAUCAGAUUUAACAACAGUUCAUAAUUUAUCUUUGCCAAACUUCCAGACAACCAAACCUCAAGGAUAUUUCGUUUUUAUCCUCAAUUACUGGGAACAUUUUAAAUUUUCGAUUUUUGUUGAUCAUUAAGCUUUUUGAAUAACAGAGAUCGCAUAAAGGGAAUAUCAAAUAUUGAAUAUUGUUAGUGUUUUCAUCAUCACUGCUAAUUAUUUGACUUUCCAUUUAAACAUUUAAGUUUUAGUAUUAAUUUAGUUUAUAGGAUUGAACCAUCAAAUCCAGCCUCUUCAUCCUAAUAUUUAAAUUAGUGUUCUCAUAUUUUUGAAAUUUACACUUUUUAUUAACAAACAUAAUAGUUUAUAGCUGUUAACACACGUAACUUUUAAACAUUUAAAUAAGUAGUAUUUGUUAUAAUAUUUAUAUUUCGAUUGCUCACACUAUACCCACGCCUUUCAAUUAUAAUCAAUCUGAAGGUUAUACCAAACAUUUUUUUCAACAGGAAAUAUUUAAAUCCUUUUUUUCGUUUUAUUUCAUUUUACAACCCUCUUUUUUGUAAAUUUUAAAGCGCAUAUUUCGCAUUUGUAACAAGUGUAGUUGUAUGGUGUACAAAUACAAUUUAAAACCUCUAGCAAUUCAAUGUUCAUAUUAUUUGAUUUUUAAAUUGUAGCAAAAAAUGUUUGAUACCAAAUGGCUGCCUGCUGCGUGCGGUAGUUUAGCACCAGCACUUAUACCACCCGCUCACAUAGUGAUACUCUGGUAUUUUUGGGAGAAUUAUGCGCGUUAUGUUGAUAAACACUUUUGUACGUGUUCAUGCUGGGAUACGGUCUUUAAGGGACCCUACGAAUCUGGUGUGGCCUCCUACAAGCAUAUGUAUUUCAAUGCCACUCAGAAUACCUUUAAAAUGUGGCUGUUGACGGUAUUCGCCGUGAUUGCCCUGUAUGAAUGUAUUAAACGUUUGAUAGCUCUCAUAUUGCAGCAACGUUUACGCUACAGUAUGUUGGUGUUGUUUAGUCUGUCGAUAUUUUCACAUUAUUAUGCCUGGUGGGCGUAUAUGAACUAUUACAAUGAUGACUACUAUCAGCAAUGGAAUCAUCAAUUAUUUUUUACGAUAACCGAAAUCAUAUCAACCGUUAUGGUUAUGCAUUUAGCCGAUAGCACAAACACUGUUACUACCAAAAAGAUCUUUUGUAUUGUGGGCAUUGCCAUAUUGCACAUUAUAGCUAGCAGUUUUGAUCAAUUCUUUUUUAAUGUCUUACGCGGUGAGGGAUAUGCUCAUCAAAUUGUACGUGAUAUAGGUUUUAUGGUUCCAGACAUAAUGCAAUUGGUUAUACCACUUUGGCUAUUGAAUCGUACACGUAAAGAAUCGUAUAUAACCAGACCUUUCUAUAAGGAUCGUAGUCUACAUAAAGAUAUUGUGGCCAUGAUGUUUUUUGUCAUCGCUCUCUUUGUAGUCUGCACAAUAUUGUGAGAUAAACUUUUCCAAUGGCUUAUCGACCAUAUGAAAAAUGUUAAAAGUGGAGAGGGAACACUACAACCUGGUGAUGAGGCAGUUGAUUAAAGGCGUAACUAAUUGUUAUGGUGUUCUACAAAACGAAAACAUCAAUAUUUUUUUCUAUAUUAAAAUGUAUAUAAAAUAAUUACAACAACAUAAUUUUUUUACAAGCAUCAAAACAAAACCAAAAAACAAAACACGUGUGACAAAAUUCAUUGAAUAUGGAAAAAGGCAACUGAAACUUAAAGUUACAAAAUGAUAAAUUGCUGAAGUAAAAAGGAAAGUAAAUUACAAAUUGUUCAAGUGAGUAAGUAUUAAAUCCGUUAUAGUUAUAUUAUUUAAAUUACAUAAUUUUCAAUUAAUUAUACAUGUAACCACAAGAGCGAAUAAUGACAAAGUAGAACUUUUCAUUUUUAUUCACAUUAAAAAAACCAAGCUAUUAGUUUUAGACAAGAUCAAAAAUUGACAAUGGAAUCAUAUGUUUUGUUAAACAGUAAAACGAAAGCAAACAUUCUAUCCCAUUAAUCUUUAAUUAAGUAAAGCAACGAAAUAUGUAGAACACCAAAAAAAAGUAAAGAUUUCAACCAAAUCAAAACUUUAAAUUCAACAGAAGUAUAUAUAUCCCAUAGUUAAUUAAAUUAACCAUUUUAAACUCAAAACAACACUAAAAAGGGCGGUAAAGGCGUGGUUACAGUUAAGGGGAUAAAUAACCUUUCAAAACUAAAAAUCUCUUUAUUUAAAUCAUUUAAGCAAACUUAUUUUCAAUAUUUGUAUUCACUGAUCAUGUCAAAAUCGAUGACAUUAGAAAGUUUCAAUUUCGCAAUAAUCAUAUGAUUCCAUUUUAUUUUAAAACGAAAUAACUAUAUAACUUGGUAACUAACAAAUAAAUUAAUAUUUAGUAUUACCGACUAGAUUUUAUAUUUUAUGUACGAAUCUGUAAACCAGCAUUAAUGUCUUAAUUUUAAUCUUAGCACAAGUUUUAAAGAAACUUAAUAAAUUAAGUAGAAUUUUACACAUAUAAUUUAUAUAUUUUUAUUUCUUAGUGCAAUUAAUGCAUAUCAAUAUUAAAUACAUAUUAAUAGUAAUUUUUUAUUUACCUAGACUACGAAAAAGUUAUUCCAAAUGUUCUAGUUCAGUUCUAGUUUAGUUCUAGUUCAGU